AUGCGAACUGAAAGACGAGUUCCUUUCAAACGGGUGGAAGCCUUUGACCAAUCGAUAGCUCAAGAUAUACAGGUGGCUGAACAUCUGAUGUCUGGAGGCCCUGUGAACUCGUCGGACUUUUCUCUCUUCUCAGGCCUGGAACCCGUCUCAUUUGACUUCCAGUGUGAACUCGACGGUAUAUAUAUUCGGCCAGGCGAUGAUGAUGGCAAAGGUUUACCGGCUAUACCAGCUCCAUUAGAUUACGCUGGCACGACAAUAAAUAACCUACCGGGACAACCGAAGACCAAGUCCUUACCUUUCCUCGGAGAAAGUGAAUCGUAUCCCCCACUGGAGCCGGCUGUGUCAGAGUCUUACUUUUCACCUCCAGAUCCCUGUACUUCAAGAAACCUAUGCCCAUGCACUAGUCUAGCAUUCGAUGUUUUGCAAGAGAUGUACCGCGCUGAGGCCACAUGUCGAUUGGAAAGGGGCUGUGGCUUGCCAUCGAAUGACCACAUCCUGAAGAUCAACCGCACGGCAGCACAAAAUCUUGAUCAGCUUCUAUCUCGAGAAUGUACCGACUGCCUUAAAGACACCAGUAUUCUUUUCCUGAUUGUUACCACAAUGUCAAAAGCCUUGUCGUGGUAUCGAACGGUGUUCGAUCGCAUCGAUCAGCACUCACCUGCCAAGAGCCCUGUUAACCUCAUGGAACCUCUCCCUGUUACACCAAUAUAUUUCGGUGACUUCGAACUUGAUAUUGUUGCUGAGCAGCGUAUCACAGCCCAGGUUCUAUUCUAUGAGCUUCGGUAUAUUAGCAAAGUUCUUUGCUUGAUACAACAGACUGUGCUCGGAAGAGCGCACAAUGGGCGAGAACCGAUAGGCACUCUUCUUGGGGCUAUUUCGCACUUUCUAUCAUCAACAUUGAAUGAUCUAACAUAUAAGGUGGAGGAGCUUUGCGCCUCUAAACUGUCCUCUACCGUUUGUUAG